AUACACUUAGACUUCUCAAUUUUUAAGAACUUAUCACCAGUUUGUUUAUUAUAACCUACAAACUUCGAACAUGUCUGAAGAAACAAUUUUAAACAAAACAAUUAAAAUUGAACCGUUCGAUGAUUAUCCUCAAGUAAAACAGGAAUUCGAUGAUUAUGAUACGUCAAAUUUGUAUAUGGAUGAUGAUGUAUGUUUGCAGCAAUUUCUAAAAUCUGAGGUUACAAUUGACGAGGAAAUAAAACAAGAGACGAUUUAUGAGCAAGAUGACGUGACUAGUACAAACAAAACUGUUUUAGAUGAAAAUUUUUCCAUAUGUAACGACGAGAUCAGUGAAUCAAGUACGAUAGUCGAUAGUACAAACAAAACAUUUGACAAAGUUUCAAGAAAGCGUAAGACAACUAGUAAGUUGAAAUAUAAAUGUAAAUCAUGCAGUAAAACAUUUGUAGCAAAACAAGGCUUACAACAACAUGAAAUGAUUCACACUGGGGAACGCCCUUAUGAGUGCAAAAUGUGCAAUAAAAGAUUUUCACAGAUAAGUAAUUUAAGACAGCAUUUAUCAGUGCAUACUGAAGAACGACCUUACACAUGUGAAAUAUGUAAUAAAACAUUCAAAAUGAAAAAAAUUUUAAAACAACAUGAAGCGCUCCAUUCUGGAGAACGCUCUUAUGAGUGCAAAAUAUGCAAUAAAACAUUUUUACAGUCUAAUGGUUUAAGACAGCAUUUAUCAGUUCAUACUGGAGAACGUCCUUAUGUGUGCGAAAUAUGCAAUAAAACAUUCACAACAAAAAAUAGCUUAAAACAACAUGAAAUGAUCCAUACUGGUGAACGGCCUCAUGAGUGCAAAAUAUGCAACAAAAGAUUUGCACUGAUAGGUAAUUUAAGAAAGCAUUUAUUAGUGCAUACAGAAGAACGACCUUAUGAAUGUAAGACAUGCAAUAAAACAUUCAAAACAAAACCUGUAUUAAAGCGACAUGUAAGAGGACAUACUAGAGAACAAACUAUAAUUAAAAAGUCAACUAAUUAGUUGAAUAAGUCUAGAAAUUGUCCCAUCUUAUAAUUCCUUCCAUUUACUUAAUUUAUAUUUAUACAGGAUAUUAAUUGCGCUUUAUUUAAUAUAUAUUUCA